UGGUGCCAUGAGUCGAUGUUAAUAAUAAAUAUUUUAGAAUAGUAUAAUAAUUUGUGAUUUUUAUGGAAAAAUUUUAAUAUAAUUAUUUGUUAGUCUUGGAAUAAAGACCAGCCAUCGCAAACAUUUAUUUAUAUCACAGCUCCGUGUAAAGAUGUUGUCUAUGAUAUUCGGGAAUGCCGUCACUCUAGACAUAGAAAUCGAUACGGAUCCAAGUAGAUCGUUCGUAUUUGUGGAUCCUGUUCAAAAGGGGACCAAAUGUCCAAUAUUUUCAGAAGGAGAAGAUAUAAGUGGAACGGCAUUCAUAAGUAUAAAACCGGGAAAACGACUUGAGCAUGGAGGAAUCAAAGUAGAACUAAUUGGCCAAAGCGAUACUCUAUAUGAUAGAGCGGGUGUGUACGACUUUUUUGUUAUGUCGAAGGAAAUUGAGCCUCCAGGAACACUUACUGAGAGUAAGCAGUAUAAAUGGAAGUUCCCCCUGGUAGGAUUGGAAAAUGAAACGUACUGGGGAGUGAACAUCAGGCUCUACUACUUCAUUAGGAUAACAAUAAUCAGAGGAUAUGGAGGAAAUAUAACAAAGGAGUCUAGUUUUGCAGUACAGAACUUAGGACCACAACCCGAAAUUAAUGACACAAUUAAGAUGGAGGUUGGGAUUGAAGACUCACUCCAUAUUGAAUUUGAAUAUAACAAGUCAAAGUAUCACCUUAGAGAUGUUAUACUGGGGAAAGUUUAUUUUCUACUAGUUUCAAUAAGCGUAAAGUUCAUGGAAAUCGCUAUACAGAGGGUUGAAACUAUAACUUUAGGCCGAGUUGUCGUUAAUGAAACCGUCACAGUAACAAACUUUGAAAUCAUGGACGGCUCACCAAUUAAAGGGGAGUGUAUCCCAGUAAGGCUAUAUUUAGAUGGGCUGGACGUGUGUCCGACAUAUAAAAAUGUACAAAACAAGCUAACAGUCAAGCAUUACAUCAACCUCAUGAUCGUUGACGAGGACGAUAAACGUUAUUUUAAAAAGCAGGAAAUUGAACUAUGGAGAAAUCACCUAGGAUAACAUUAAAUUCACUUAAUUUCAUAUACUAUGUUA